AAGAGGGGUGCGCCGCGCGGAGGGCCUUACAGACAUAUCCUAGACUCAGCCGGAAGAGGAGAGCUAUACUCCAUAUACAACUAUACCGAGCGUAAAGGAGAGAUGACAACCAGCGCCAUGGCGCACAACGUUGGGAGACACUCGAGUGCCAAGGAGGAGAGAAAGUUGCGCAAGCCGCUCAUUGAGAGGAAAAGACGGGAGAGGAUUAAUAACUGCUUGGAUCAGCUGAAAGAAACGGUCGUCGGGGCGUUCAGUCUUGACCAAUCGAAACUUGAAAAGGCGGACAUUCUAGAGAUGACAGUGAAACACCUGCAGAAUGUUCAGACACAUAAAUUCAGUGCAGACCCCACCUUAGGCCUGGAAGCACAGCAGAAGUACAGCACAGGCUACAUCCAGUGCAUGCACGAGGUCCACAACAUGUUGCUCAGCUGCGAGUGGAUGGACAAAACAUUGGGCUCCCGCCUGCUCAACCACCUGCUCAAAUCCCUGCCCCGCUCAAGCGAAGAGCACCCCUCUCAGGCCAACCCCAACCUCAGGCCCGACGCCCCCCCACCCAGCCAGGGGCCAGGAGCCCCCACUACACCCAUCAGAGGGGACCCCAGGUCUGGGAGGCAGGGCCAGAUGGAGGGGCCACUGUGCCAUGUGGUGGUGCCCCAGGACAAGCCCCUGCUCCUGCCUGGGAGCCCCCACCUGGGCAUGCUGGAGAUGUGGAGGCCCUGGUAAACUAAACCGGCCCUCUGGGUGUGUGCUGGAUCCCUAUGUUAGACCCUCCUCUGUUAUGUAUCUUAUAGAUAUGCUACUCAGAAGACAUUGUUUUGGAUUGUGGGGCGGUUGCGUUUCUGAUCUAGGUGUGGUAUAUAAACAGACCUCUCAGUACUUCCUCUCCGAAGUCUACUUUCCGUAGCCUGCAUUGUAGAAGGCUCUUAUUAAUCUUUUUCUUGUAUUUAUUGUAUUAAUAUCUUUAUUUAUUGAAUAAUAAGAUAAAACAUGUAGCUUCUUAGCUGUAGUCACAAAUAGCUUUUGUACUCCUCCCUUUGUUGUAUAUUACUAACCAAUAUUAAUAAAAAUGUGUAUGGAAUUUC